AGGUGUGCAAUUCCAAUCACAAACCACGCGAGCUCGAGCUCUGCUAAUUUCGACACCAAUCUGCACCUCGCACCUUCUCUAGCGAAGCUCAAGCCUGUGCCAGUCUUCAUUUUUAUUGCGCCCUUCCUACCUUGCAGUUUCAACAAGUGUUCAAGCCAACAGCUUCGACGCCCCCCUCAACAUCGUCACCACACCUCCUGCUGUGACUCACCCUCUCGCUCCCUUCCCCCCUUCUCCUCUUUCGCGCUUCCGCCUUCGUUCCCACGCUUUGUGGAUUAUUCCUGAUCAAUUCGAACAAGAGCCACAGCAGCGCUUCACCAUGGACGGUAUUUCGAUGCUUCUGGGCGCCAUCCAGUUCAAUCGCGCGGCAACCCCUCAAACGGUGUCAGACCAGACCUUGUUCGUUCAACACCCUCAAUUCCAGCAACAACAGCUCUACCCCCAGCAACCACAAUUACAACAGCCACAGCAUGUGCUAGUACAGCAGCUUGUACAGCAGCAACAGCAACAGCAGCAGCAGCAACAACAACAACAACAACAACAACAGCAGCAGCAGCCAAUGAUGCACUUCAUGUACCCGACCCAAUCGACAGUGCUCGUGCCCGCCCCCCAGAUGAUGCAGUACUACCCGGCACAAACACAGCAACAGCACCACCAAGAUUCGCAAAUAUCACAGCAACAGCCGCAGCAGCAACAACAACAACAACAACAACAGCAACCGCAGCAACAGCAACAAGUCGUUGGCUAUGAUGCCGCCACCCAGCAGUAUGUCUCGAUGGUUCACCAGCAGCAGCAGCAGCAGCAGCAGCAGCCGUCUCAAAUGCCUCAGCAAGAACAAUUGGUGCAGUAUGUGCAGUACGUGCAGCAACCCAUGUAUGGCUCGCAGACACAAUUUUCCGUCGUCAACAUGCAACCUGCCUUUGUUCCCGCCGCUGCACCACACUCAUUCCAGCCCCAAUACGCACCCGCCAUGCCCUCUGGGCCGGCCCCUGCGAUGGCGAUGGUUCGUCCGCCUCAAAUGCUCUCGCAACAACCGGCUGGCUACCUGCCCCCAUCCCCUAGCCCCCCGACGGGUUUCCUGACCCAGCCUGCUGUGAAGAGCGAGCCAGUUUCCAAGUCUUCGAGCCGCUACACGCCUGCUUCUUCGCCACCCUCCACGCAAGAGCCGACUGGUGCUGGUGCUGGUGCUGGUGCUGGUGCAGGUGCAUCAACAACAAGCUCCCGCACGCGCCACCACUCGUCCGGCUCGAAGCGCCGCACCUCUUCUGGCAACGACGAUGCUUCGGUCGCAGGCGGCCGCAGCAAGACCCGUCGCCGGACAACCAUCACCCUCGAGCAGCUCGGCAUGCUCGAGGAGGCGUUCAACCGCAACAACUUGCCCGACUGCUUCCAGCGCACCGAAGUGUCCCGCACCACUGGCCUCUCCGAGCGUGUUAUUCGCAUCUGGUUCCAAAAUCGUCGUGCCAAGCAGCGUCGCAGCGAGCGCAAUCCCGAUGUCAGUGCUGCUGCCGCUGGUUCUGCUGGCUCUGCGCGUCGCGUUCUGGCCCCUUCAUCCACCGUUUGCAUCCCCACCAGCCGCAACGGCUCUGGAGCCUCGCGCCGCCACACCGGAGCGGGUUCGCGCCGUGUCACCGCCAACGGCAUGCAGGCCACUCGCGGCGUUUCGUCCACCGACUACUCGCCUCUGCAACGGGACCAGGACGAGCGUUACGACGAUGACGAGGAAGUCGAAGACGACGAGGACGAGGAUGAGGAGCUGGGCAGCUCGGACGAUGAGGAUGGAUUCCACAGCCGAAGCUCUGAGGGCAGUGCCUCUCCUGCUUCCCUCUCGUACACUGGCUCGGCACAGCACCGCAUCCCCACUGACGAGAGCCAGUCAGCCCAACAAUCCACGCUGGUCGUGUCUUGAGCGCUCUCCAAGUCGCCGUAUUUCUUUAUUCAAAUCCCCCUCCCCACCAAAACCACCGCCGCUGAUUGAACGUUUGCCUCAUUGCAUGUAUUUUUUUUUCAACUCCUCGACCAUUCUGGCGCUACCGCUUGUUUCUCGUUUUUUUCUUUGUUGCCUUUGCUCUGUCGUGUAGUUUCGCCUGGUUGCGAACCACGAGAUGAGCUUGGCCGAUUGUGUUUGAACCUUUUUUAUCUUUUUCAUCUGGUAGUUCUUGUCUGCUGUUUUCCUUCCCAAAAUCUGCAUCCAAUACAACAACAAAAAAACAAAAAAAACAAAAAACAA